ACCAUCACAUGAAGAAAGAGACCUUGCAAGAAGACUACAUUGAAUAGGAAUACCAGCUUUUAAGUUUAUAAUACAGGGGUAAAGAAUGGGAGAGAAACGGGAAAGACAACAAAAACUUUGGAAUGCUCCAUGGAUUCCUUGCAUUCAAAUCCCUUCCUCUGCCUGUGAGACUUCUUUACUGAAGGACCUAACCCAAGGGCAGCGACGCUACUUUUACAGCAUCAUGAGGAUUUACAAUUCCAGGCCCCAGUGGCAAGCCCUGCAGAACCGCUAUAUUCACAGCCUUCAGCGCCAGCAGCUGCUUGGCUACAUUACUCAACAGGAAGCUUUGGCUUGUGCUGCUGUACUUAGAGACUCAACCAAGAAAGCCUCAGCUAAGGUAGCUCCCCAAAGAUCCAUCCCCCGGAAGCCUUCAGCCAUGACAAGAACAUGGCCGUCAGCACUUCCUAUGCCUGUGGUUCAACGCAGGGCUUAAAGUGCAUGGCUUGGAUCCCUCAGGAACUGAGGUUUUGCACAAGCUCUGAAACAGCCAAUGGCUUUGUCAUGCCUGUAAAAGGAGUUGAGAUGGGAUUCUAGACUUGUUUGGCAAGGGAUGUGCUGACAUUGAUCUGGAAGGAAGAUGCUCUACCAUUACCAGAAAGGAAGAAAAAAAAGUCUCAUUGAUGAUGACUAUCUUCUCUCUGCAACUACUGAUAAAGAAUAAAGAAGUUUCUUGACCUCUGCAAA